AGCCAUGUUGGCUCAAGCUUCGUAGCCACGUUGGCUCAAGCUUAUAUGAUCUUUCUGGAGCGUACUCCAGCGGCGGACUGCCGCUUUGCUGCAAGGAUUAAAUUUGGAGCACCUGGGGUGCCACGGGGCGCGAGAUGCCGUCCGACUCGCAGGUUAAGGCGGCGGCCUUCCUGGCGGUGACCCUGCAGCGAGCCUGCCACAACUUCUUCAUCGAGUGGGCCAAGGGCGACUCCGCGAGCGCCACCUACACCGUGUCCAGCGUGAUCUUCGUGGCCCAAACGUUUUGCGUCUUUGUCGGCUGGGCCCUGGCGUACCAGGGCGGUGGCAGCGCGGACAUGAAGAAAUGCUUCGACAAGGGCAUCCUGACGAAGUUCGCCCACAUCGGCAUAAUCUACGCGAUGGGGGACAUCCUCGAGAUGGAGUCUGUGAACUACAUCGACUCGUCCACGUACACGGUGCUGUCCCAGUCCAAGCUCAUCAUCACGGCCCUGCUGAUGUGGGCCAUCGACGGCAUUGCACAGAACUUGAUGCAGUGGUUCAUCUUCUUCACGACCUCGUCCAGCAUGCUGGAGUACGUGCUCGUGGGCAUGGCCAAGGAGGGCAGCGUGACCUUCAGCCCCUUUGGCGUCGGCCUCGCCCUUGUCAAGGUGGUGAUCAGUUGCUACGUGGCGGUGCUCAACCAGAAGGCUCUCAAGAUGGACUCCAACCCGUUCCCCGUGCAGUUCUCCUGUUUGAAAGUCUCCUGCGCGUUGACGAGCCUGGUGUACAUGCUCGUCAAGGACGGCCUCAUGGGUGACGGUGACCUGUUCGGCGAGUGGACCUACCGGACCGUGGUGCUCGUCUUCGCCGGCUUCGUCCUGAAGACGCUCUUCAGCUUGUACUUGUUCAAGGUCUUGGACGCCAUCUGGAAGAGCAUCAGCGAGGCCGUCGGCGUCCUCCUCGUGUACUUCGCGAAAGUGACCUUCCUAGGCGGCACUCUCGACGCUACCGUGUUCAACGCGGCCUUCACGGUGAUCCUCGCCUGCAUCGCUUACGUCUUGUCGCAGGAUGACGCGAGCAAGAAGAAGAGCGACAUCUGCGACGAGCUCGACCCUCGUGCGUUACCCCGAGCUCGCGACGGGCCUCCUCGCGUCUGCGCGGCGCCGCCUGCCGCAGUGAGCCCUCCUGGGCGGACCGAGCCGAGGGCUGCUCGGUCGUGAGGAAGCAGGGCAAGGAGGGAAGGCACAAUGAUUGCUCGCCAAGUCAAUUCUUCCACUUGCGCCGCAGGGCUAGCGGCUGCAGGCCCGUGGGCCACCUGUCUGCGGCGGUGGCAGCGCCCUCGCCCCAGCCGGGUGGGAGCGCGGGGUUUUAUUUUUUCGUUUCCCCAACCCGGGCCCUCGUGGUGGCCGCGUCCCCGUGCUGCGAGAGCGCGUCGCGGCGCUGCGGGCUGGGCCCCCUGCGGAGCGGGGGAGGGGAAGAGACCUCGUCGCGUCUCGCCGCCGCCCCCCCCCACUGAGGAGGAGUAGAAUGGCAAUUUUCACGGAAUUCGCCGAGCAGCUAUGGCGCUCGCCGAUCUCUCUCGCGCGCCCGCCUAGGCCCGUCUCUGGAGGACCUUGCGAGCGCGGGGACGGGCGCAACACGACGAAUCUGAUCGCGGCCUGUAGUGUCGAGAUGUGCUCCGGGAGCGGUAAUGUCGCUGGCGCCGGGGCGAGCGCAGGACUCCCAGAAGCACGCGUAUUGCAGUCUCUGGCGGGAGUGCCGUGCUUGCGUAGAUGUUGAGGCUGUAUCCAGCGAGAGGAAUGAUAGGAGGAGGAGGAGGAGGAGGAGGCCUCUGCCGCUCCCCCUCCUCCGCCCGCUGCUCAGAGGAUCUGGGCAGCGGCUGGUCCGACUCCCUCCUCGUCGCUGCCGCCCCUCUCCCCUUAAUCCUUUUCCUCCUCCUCAUUUCUCCUUUCUCCUUCCUGCGGCCCAGCUGGAGCCGGGCCCGUCCGGCCGCCCACUCGGAGGUCGGGCGGACUCAGAAGGUGCUCGCGGGCCGGUUGCGCCAGCGCCUCUUCCGUCGAGGCCUGGGGUGUCCACCCCCGCGCCCUUCUCGCCCGCUCGCCCAGGCACGGUCCACGGGUGGGUGGCCCCGAUUGUUGUACCCACGCGGCCGUUUCGUUUUUUGCAGUCUCUGUCUGAGUUGCCCUGUCACGCUGUCACGACGACCGCGCGCGGCGGCUGCGUUUUAAUGGAGAUGCUCCCUCAGAUCCUGAGCAUGAGGCUCCAUACCCUGAGUGCGAGGCUCCACUCACACUCAAGUAGCUCAUACCUGGACUCGCUCAUGCUCCGACCCUUCCUUAUUCAGAAGUAUCCUCUUCCUCCUUCUCCUUCUCGUCCUCCUUCUCCUCCCCUGGCCGGCUGGAGCAGAGAGGCGUCCCCUUCUCAUCAGAUGUGAAGGGGGCGACUUUAAUACACUUUGUUUUCCAUGGGCGUCUGCGUCGUCGCAGCGCCGUUUGCAGAGGGGCGUUGUUUCUUCGCCACGCGCUUAUGCACGCGAUCUCCUCUGUCACCUUGAUGCACAGCUUCGAGCAUAGCCGUUGUUCAUUCGAGCAUUCUGCUGCUGUACGUGUGUGAGUUGUUUUCUCGAGGCGCCCCCCUGGGAAUGAAACAAAGGGUAUGUAGGCAGCUGAAGUGGGAUCAUGCGGAAUCCUAUUUCGACCUGCGGCCGUCUGUAUGUUUCAUGGUUGCACGCCGAGUGGAACACGUCCACAGCGUCGACAACGAACAUACUUUUUCGCGUUGCAUGCCGAGUGGAAUUCGUCCACCGCGCCCGCAACAGCUCCUCUGCCGCGUGGAAGGUGAUUCCAUUGGUCCGCCAA